AAAAAUAGAAAGAAAGACAAAGGAAAAGGGCACAAGGCCACAAGCGGAAAUCCUUUGGCUUGGCUGCCCACCCAAGCAACAGCAAGGAAAGCCCCUUAACCAAACUCAUGCAACCAACCAGUUGAGAGUAGAUGCAGUUUGGAUUUGGAGGCAAUGAAAUGAAUCUACAGUCUGUCUCUUUCUUAAUUCUCAGUUUGCAGCAGUCAAAGCGCUAUCUCUCAUCUCCUGCACAUCAGAAGAAGAAGACUUGAUCCCAUCCCAUUUCUUACGGCAAGAUGGAGCAAAGCCCACAAUCAUUCCAAGGCGAUGGCAGUGUCCGGUUGACGAUUGCCAACUCGGGUUCUGGUUCAGGUUCCACCCUCUUCGAACCGCAUGCAGAAGCUACCACCCCAGUUGGACUUGGAAGACCAGGGAGCAACAAUUCCAGUUCUGCUUCUUCGACUAGCCUUGCGCCUGAAAAGAAGCUGACACUAUUUGCCCUUCGCCUUGCAACUCUUGAAAAAGCGGCGAGUGGGGUGGGAACCCUAGCUUUCAUCUGGGCAACUGUUGUUCUUCUGGGCGGUUUUUCCAUCAAACUAGGCAAGAUGGACUUCUGGUUCGUCACCACUAUACUCUUAAUCGAGGGAACCAGGAUUUUCAGCCGAAGCCGUGAGCUUGAAUGGCAACACCAGUCUACCUGGUGGAUAGCAGAUGCUGGGAUAUAUAGCUUCAGGGCACUGAAAUCCAGCUCCCACUUCCUUGUUCGAGCUGUAAAAGCGAUUUUCCAUCCAAUUACCUCAAUCGGGCUACAGAGCCACCACGACCGACAGGUGAAGGAGAGCUUCAACACGGCAAGGCCCAACAAUCGGGUUGUGCAGAAGUUCCCAUCACGGAUAUGGGCAACAUCAGAUGUUCCCUUGCUCCCCUAUGCAGGAUGGGUGUUUCUGUCGCGAAACAUCAGUAAGCUACUCUAUUGGCUUCAGCUUUUAUCGGCCACGGCCUGCGUGACUCUUUCCCUGCUGAGGCUUAUUCAGCAGGAUUAUGGUGACUUCAGCGAUGAUCCUGACAAGAAAAACCAGAAGUCUGCUCUGAAUAUUUUCUAUGGGUUGGCAUUGGCUGAAGCUCUGCUGUUUCUUACGGAGAAAGCAUACUGGGAGUGGAAGGUCAUCUACUGUAAGAUUUUGGAAGAGGUGAACAGGGAGUGCGAGUUAGAUAGUUCUGGAAUGGUUUCGAUCAAAAGGUUCUUUUAUGAUGCCUUCUCAAGAUGUAUUAACGGCAGCAUCUUCGAUGGGUUGAAAAUGGAUCUGGUUUCUUUCGCCACAGAGCUCUUGACCUCAGAUUCCUUCGACGAGCAGCUCAUGGGAGCUCGAAUUCUUAAAACAUUCUCAGUCAGUGCACAGUUCUCCAAAGACACGCUCCAGAAAAUAGGUACAUCUGUAUCAGUGAUAGAAAGACUUGUCGAGAUGCUAAAUUGGAAGGACCCACAAGAGGAAGAGAUCAGGCGAUUAGCUGCAGAGGUUGUGUCAGAACUGUCUGGGAAAAAGCAAAAUUCUCUUCGUGUUACUGGAAUUCCUGGUGCAGUGGAAUCAAUAUCAUCAUUGCUUUAUGUUGGCCGGAGUUCCAAUGGUGCAGCCGGUGAGAUAUGCCUGAAAAAUAUCAUAUGUGACAGAGAAAAUUACGAGUUUUCGGCCUUCAGUCAAUUGGGUCUUCGUAUUCUGAAGAAACUUGCUCGAGACCAUGAUAACUGUGGAAAGAUAGGGAGCACAAGAGGCCUCUUACCAAAAAUUAUUGACUUCACACAUGUUGAAGAGAGGCUGCUAAGGAACGAAAGUGUGACUGAAUCUCAGGUACGAACAAUCAAGCUAUCCCUGCAAGUGGUGAAGAUGCUUGCAAGCACCACAGGUACCACAGGGAAACUUCUCCGGCGGGAGAUCUCAGAGAUUGUUUUUACAGUUAGCAACAUGAGAGAUAUUCUACAGUAUGGCGACAAACACCCAGUGCUGCAAAAAUUGGGAAUAGAAAUUUUAACUAGUUUGGCUUUAGAAGAUGAUGCAGCGGAGAGGAUUGGAAGAACAGGUAGAAUUAUUAAGGAACUACUCCGUAUCUUCUUUAAGCAAGAAAUGCGAGAAAAUGAUAAUCAAGUUAGGGUUUCAGCUGGAGAAGCACUUGCAAUGCUAGCAUUGGAGAGCAAGUAUAACUGCUUUCGGAUAUUGAAAUUCAACGUACUGUAUAAGCUUAUUGAGGCACUGGAGGAACCAGUGCUUUGCGUAAAUUCAGCAAGAAUUUUGAGGAACUUAUGUGCCUAUAGUGGACCAGAAUGCUUUCUCCAAGUGAAAGGAAUCACUACUGCUGCAGCCACUGCACUUAAGGGAAUAAAGUCAGAAGACAACAAAUUACAGGAAGUAAUGAUUGGACUUGCAGCACAAGUUUUUAGAUUUAUGAGUUCUGAAGAAGCAGCCAUGGUGUUUGAUCAAACUCACAUUAGAAAUGCAGAUUUAGCAGAGAAACUUGUACAAACUCUGCAAACUUACGAGUAUCCCCAGAUCAAAGUUCCAAGAAUAAGGAGGUUUGCAAUUGAGUUGGCAAUUUGUAUGAUGAAAGACAGCAAAGAGAACAUUCAUAUUUUCAAGAAGCUUGGAAUGGAAAAGGAGCUUCCGAAUGUAACAGAGACAACAUCAGAGCUUGAGAACUUCAAUAUUUUCUCAGGGACUGUAGGCUUAAUCCGGCACAGAACAACAAUCCAUUCGCUUGUAGACACUGCACUAGAACUGUUGGCUGCUGUAUAAAUACCGGCUAAACAACAUUGGAUCCACAAACCCAACAGUACGUAUAUACAUAUGUAUUUAUAUAAUUAAUAAUUGUUUCAAUUUUCCAGGACUGCAUUAUUUAUUAUUUACCAAUGUUUUCAUUUUUUUCUUUUAUUUUGAACCAUGAAUUUGUAAUAGUAUUCAAUGAUUUCUUUUCUCCAAGAGAACAAAUGUAUGGAUGAA